AUGGCAAUCCAAGAAAUUGCCAAUUCAAUUGUGGGAACAAUUGUAGAGAAGUGCAUCAAUCCAAUUUUGCGCCAAUUUCAGUACUUAAUCUUCUACAAAAGUAAUGUUCAAACUCUGAGCGAUGACAUCAAAAAACUUGAGAUAAAGGAAACUGAGGUGCAACAAAAGGUAAAUCGAGCAAAAGACAACGCUGAAGAAAUUAAAGCAACUGUUGUUGAUUGGCUGAAACGAGUUGAGGAUGUAAAGAAAGAUGCACAUACUAUUUUUGUGGGUAUGGAGACUGCUAAGGUGAAUUGCUUUAAUAUUGUCAAGCUUCCGAAUUUGAAGUCAUGCUAUUUGCUAGGCCGACGUGCGGUGAAAGUAACGAGUGUUGUUGAAAAACUCUUAGAAGAGGGGCAAUUUGAUGAAGUUGGAUCCAUUGCUCCAAUCGGGGAAAUGUCGUUAAGUGAAUCAAUCCCGUCCUUAGAGGAAGGCCUAGUUUCUAGGAUGUCAACAAAGAAGGAAUUGAUGGAAGCUUUAAAGCAGGAGAAAACUAACCUAAUGGCGAUUUGUGGUAUGGGCGGCGUAGGCAAGACUACUCUGGUCAAACAAAUUGCUGACCAGGUUAAGUUCGAGAAAUUGUUUGAUGAAGUCGCCAUGGCAACAGUGUCUCAAAGUCCAAACAUGAGAAAUGUCCAAGAUCAACUUGCUGAGCAAUUAGGGCUAAAGAUAACAAAGCAAACUGAUCUUGCUAGAGCUAAAAGAUUGUAUACGAGACUGACUGGCCGUAACAAGAGAAUUCUUGUUAUAUUGGAUGACAUUUGGAAAGAACUUGAUCUUAAGAGUCUGGGAAUUCCCGUCAAAGAUGAAUGCAAGGGCUUAAAAGUUAUACUGACAUCUCGAUCCUUAGAUGCUUGUCGGGACAUGGGAGCUGAAAUUUUUGAGGUGAAUGUCUUGCCUAAAGAAGAAGCAUGGCUUCUUUUUAAAGAGGUUGCAGAAAUUUCUGAUGAUUCUGCUUUGAGUGGUGUUGCAAAGCAGGUUGCAGAGGAAUGCAAAGGUCUACCUCUUGCAAUCGUUGUUGUUGCCAAGGCAUUAAAGAGCAAUCAUACUUCAGAAUCCUGGGAUCGUGCCCUUCGGCAACUAAGAAAGGACAGAAUGGGAAAUCUAAGAGGUGUUCAAGAUCUGGUGUUUUUAAGAAUUGAGUGGAGCUAUAAUCAUUUGGGAACCGAUGAAGCUAAGCACCUACUUUUGCUUUGUAGUUUGUUUCCAGAGGAUUAUAGUAUUCCGAUCGAACACUUGGUUAGGUAUGGAAAAGGGCUACAAUUGUUCCGGGAUACAGAGAAUUUGAUAGAUGCAAGGGACAAAGUAGACUUGCUGGUUGAUGAGUUGAAAAGCUCCUAUUUGUUGCUAAAUGAUGCUGAAAAAGAAGACUCUGUAAAAUUGCACGAUGUCGUGCGAGAUGUGUGCUUGUCAAUUGCAUCAAAAGACGAGCAUGAGUUUUUAGUGAGCAAUUCAGGAUUGGGAGAAAAGAAUUCUUACACGGCAAUUUCACUAAUAUUGCAAGAUUCCAAUCAUGAUCUACUUCCAUUUUGCAAGGAAUAUCCAAGGCUUAGGUUGUUGCGUUUGGUAGUCCAAUCAGGGGAACUCAACCUAUCAGAAGACUCUUUUGUAGGAAUGGAAGCUCUCAGGGUCAUGGAAUUAAACAACUCGUCUAUUGAAUUUCCACUGCCAUGGCCUGGCCAAAUGUUAAGGAGCCUUCGAACACUGUGUCUGGAUUAUUGUGUAUUGGGCACUGGAAUGUCGUCAAUGAUUGGACACAUGACGCAAUUGGAAACUUUGAGCCUCUUUAAAUCCGACAUUCUGGAUGAUCGGUUUCCAGCUGAAAUCGGUCAGUUGAGUAAUUUAAAGUUGUUGGAUUUGAGGGUUGAAAGUAGCCUCCAUCCCUUGCCUAGUGGUAUCUUGUCAAGCUUGAAGAAACUAGAAGAAUUGUAUUUGGGAUCUGGUGAUCAUUUGCGGCUAGGGAGAGAUAAAGAAGAGGAAAUAGGAUGCCUUAAAGAGAUCUCAUCAAUCGCUAACCUUGCAUGUCUCCAGAUUGCUUUUUAUGACCUUAGCGUCAUACUUCUAUGUUUGCAAGAAUUUGAUACUCAGAGGUUGUCAAGAUUUGACAUUGCAGUAGAUAAUUAUGAAAGAGCAAUGGCAAAUCUCAGCAUAAACUAUCAAUUUGGGAAAAGCUUCGAGCUUUAUCUGUUAGAUCAUUGUGAUGAAGGGUUGAAAAAACUUUUUGACCCCAAUGUUACUAGCAUUGUCAAGAGAACGGAGAAUCUCACUUUGGAUCUUCCAAUAUCAUCAUGCUUAAGGAAUCUUGUGCCUGACUUGGGUGAAAAUGGGUUCAUCAAUUUGAAAAAGCUUCGUCUAGACGGUGGACAAUAUGAAUGCCUUGUUGAUUCUACCGCCAACUUUGUUGCUGGACAUGUUUUUGAAAAUUUGGUGUCCAUGGAGUUAGAAGGUUUGGAGUUGAAAGAAAUAUGUAAUGGAUUUCUUCCAUCUGGGUGCUUCAGUCAACUUCAAGAGGUGAGACUUUAUUCUAUAAGUGCCUUAGAGUGCUUGUGGAAGGGAUCAGUCGAACCUCCAUCGCUUUGCAACCUCAGGUCUAUUGAGGUGCAGUAUUGUCAUCAAAUUACAACUUUCUUCUCACAAUCAGCACUGAAAUGUCUGGUGAAACUUCAAAGUAUAUACGUAUAUCAAUGUGAAAAUUUGGAGAGAAUUGUUCCGAGGGAGGAAAGUCUGAGAGAGGAAGUGCUUGAACUACCCCAACUCAAAGCGUUAACCUUAAGCGGGACAAACUUUAUUGGUUUUGGCUCUAAAGAUGAUAAAGCUGUGGCUUUCUUUGACCAGGUUUCACUACCCCGCUUGGAAGUACUAGACAUUACUUAUCUUGCUGAUGGCCCCGAACAACUAAUAGGAAGGGAAAUGCCUAGUGGGUCCCUCGACAACUUGAAAUCCGUGAAGCUCUGGCGCUGGAGCUCUAUCCGAUGCAUUGCCAAAGCUGAUACAGUUACAUUAUUACAAAACUUGCAAGUACUUCGCAUGUGGGCUUGUAAUGGGAUGGAAUCUCUUGUCGACUUUGAGGGUCUAAAAGUUAGUAAUAUGCUGUCAAAAAAGGGACUCGAAAUUCUCCCCACACUAGAGUCAAUAGACUUGCAUGGCUGUCCAAGAUUAAUCCAUAUUUGGAGGAAUUUUCCUGAAGGGGUUCGAGUAUUCCAAAACUUAAAAAGUCUACAUGUGGUCAACUGCCCUUUAAAAUGUUUGUUUCAUCCUCCUUGUGUGGCCACCAUGCUCAUAAGUCUUGAGAGACUGAACGUUCGUUGGUGCUCGGAAAUGCAUGGAGUUAUAGGUGAGGAAGAUGAAGAGGUCAGCCAAGAAGAUAAUGCUCGGCAUCAUGAUGUUGGAAAACAUAGAGAAAUUGCACUAGGAAGAACUAGCAAGGAGUUCGUGUUUCCUAAAUUAAGCUCUUUGCAGUUGAAAGCGCUUGGGAAUCUUCGAAGUUUUGGUGGUAGUCACCGGGAGGAUUAUGAGUUUAAAUUUCCCCUACUCACGACAUUGAUCAUAGAGAGUUGCCCAAAAUUGAAGAAAUUCUGUUCCGGAAAGUUGAAUGCAUCAUUGCUUAAGAAAGUCCAAACAGCACCUGGAGAUAUAGAGGAUUUUGAAGUUCCUGUGGAUUUAAAGGAUCGAGAGAUUUGUCCUUAUUAAUUUCAAAUUGACACGAUUAUCUGCAUAUUAAGAAUGUUGUGGGAACCAUCAAGUUGAUCGAAUAAUGUGGUCCAAUUACCACAGUCUUGACUGAAUUGGUGGAUUGGGCUAUCAGAUAUGGAUGGAGAUCUUAACAUGAUUAAUACUAUAAGUGUGGAACUUAUAUAUGUAUUAUGUGCCCACUUUUGUCAUUGAUUUUCAAAUAAUAAACAUAUUGUAUGUAUGUAUUGUAUCAUGACUUUCAACUAAUAAAUGCAUUGUAUGUAUCAUA